AUGGGAAGCAAAGGCGCCAUGACCUGGCUCGACAAGCUCGAGGAGCAGCUCAACGUUGACGUCGAUUGGAUGGACCCUGAGUACAUCAAGAGCAUGCCCAUCGUCCCUCACGACCAGACCAGCAACCAAUUGUGGGUGGACAUCCAGCUCGGUGAUGCUUCGAACAGGGACAUGUUCCUCGAGACUGCGAAAGAGCUGAAGAAUGAGGGUUGGCUUGCCAUCUAUACGCGCAUGGCCGUCCUCAUGUGCAAGAAAAACAUCAACUCCAUUCGCGGCCGUGUCUUGCUGCAGACCCUUCCCUCAAACGCGUUCAAGACACAAGAGACCCUUGAGCACGCCCGCCUCUACGACCGUGAGUUCGCCCGAGCAGGCAUCGGACGCGAUAGAUAUUGCAUCAAGAUCCCCUCGACCGGCCCUGCCCUCAACGCUGCCAAGAUCCUGUCUUCUGAGGGAAUCCCGACGCUGGGCACAGCCCUCUUCAGUCUCCCCCAGGCCAUCGCCUGCAGCCAGGCCGGCAUGCUGUACAUCAGCCCGUACUAUAAUGAGGUGAGAGCUCAUGACGAGCCAGACACUCUCUGGCCCAACGUCGAGGAUCCUGCGACGCAGCACCCCAUGUCCGCCCGCAUUGUCCAGAUCAUCGAGACAUACAAGCGUCUGUACAAGGAAACCGGCAAGGAACAGCCUUUGGUAAAGAACGCCAGCUUCAUCUCCGCGAAGGAAGCCAUGGCAGCAGGCGAAAUGGGCUGCCAUUCCGCCACCAUCUCACACACCGUCCUCGACCAGCUGGCCAAGCUUGAGUACGAUGGCACCAAGCAGCCCGGCGAGGGUACGCCUAAGCCGGUGCACGUAUACAAGAACGCCGGGCCUUGCCCUGAGCGUCUCAAGAAGCUUGCCAAUGUCGAUCCCUUGGCGGCUGCUGAAUGGGACGGCAAGCUUGCAAGCACCGACAUUGACUAUCUGGCCAAUGGAGGUGCUGAACUGACGAAGGCUAUUGAAGCUGACCCCAUCUCCACGACUCGCCUUGCAGACGCCCUAAAGCUCUUCAUCGGUGGUGAGGAGAGAAGCAAGGCCAAGGUUGAGGAGGUCCUUAAGCAGAUCUAA